AUGGACGAGUCUCAUUUUUACAGUAGGCACUACGAAUAUAAUGAUUUAAUUUAUGAAAUAUCUGGAACUAAAGAAUUUCAUAAUAAAAUGAUUACAGAUUGGAAUUACGCCACGUCUUAUUUAAAAGAAAUGGUAGAAAACCAAGUACUCGAUGAAGAUGUUCAUGUUAAUGACCAAGUAUUCGAUGACAACGUUUAUGUUAAUGAAGAAGAAAGUUCAAAUCCCAAUCAAUAUGAAGAUUUUAAUGACACUGAAGAGGUUGUCGAAAAAGAUAAGAAUGAUAAGGAUGAUGGCUCAAUAUGGGAUAAUGCUUCUAUAAAACUAUUGCUGCAUGAGUAUUUAAUUCGAAAGAAUAAAUUUAGAAGCCCCAAGAUGAAGAAAAUUACUUUGUGGCGUGAAAUAUCAGCCGAAUUUGAAAAACAAAAUCUGAUAUUUUCUGCGGAUGCUUUAUCAAAAAAAUUUGGUAAUAUGAAGACCACUUAUGCUAAAAUAAAAAAAAAUAAUUCCAAAAAGACGACUGGAGCUGCCCGUAAACCAUGGGUAUGGUUGAAAUCUAUGGAUGAAAUUUUUCAUAAUGAUCUGUCUAUUAAUUUUCGGCAUGAUGUAGUCACAAGUAUGCCUGCAGACGUAAGCGAUGAAGUCCUGAACUUAUCAAAUUCUUCGUCUAACAGAGAGAAUGGGUGCGGUUCAUCAUCUAGUAGUCAGGCUUCAGCUUCAAGUUCAAAUGUAGUUCAUUCUGGCGAUGAUUCUGAUAAAAUAUCACAAAAAUGUUAUAAAUCUGCUAGAGGAAAAAAUAUUUAUCAGCAGAGACAAAAACAGCUGGACCUAGACUCUGAUAAGAUAGAAGUUAUGCGAGGAUUAAAAGACACUCUUGAACAAUGCCAAAAUCUUCAAAAAGAAAAUCUUUCAAUUUGGACACAAAAAAUGAACGAUUUGACGGAGGCCUAUAAACAACGUAAUCAGCUGUUAAAACAAAUACUUGAAUUUCAAAAAUGA